CUUUCUUCCCUGGUUGUAUUUUUUGCUUUUUCUGUUUCGUUUCCUUGCUCUUUCUCCCCGUCGUGGGGUUAACCUAACAAUCGUCCUUCGUUUGUCUGUCAUAAUGGACAAAGAGAGGGCAUAGAAAACGAAAGUCCUCUCAAAGCCCUUGAUGAUAAAGAAUUUUCCGCCAUUGUUUCACUUAUCUCAUGUAGCUUUGUCAGAUCAAUUAUCGCCGUCCCUUGCUCUCAUUAUGAUGGAUAGAGCAAAAAUCAAUGGAAGUAGGAAAACGACUCGCCUCACUUUUUCCGCUCCAGUCCAGUCCUGUAUUUUUCGAAAGUAACCCCCGCCAUCCUUUACUUCGCGGGCCCUGGACCCGGGGCAACGUCGUCAACAUGAAUAGCAGCAUCCAUAGCGUCCCAACAACAAAGUAGCGGUGGAGUCGGUGAGAGUCUUCGUUGAGGAACAAGUCUACAGAAGCCGGGAGCCGCGAGAUGGCCGGGACAAGACGUAGGGUUAGGGCCAAGGCUGUCACGUGGGUUUGUUAACUACCCAGGUACCUUCCCUACUACGGGUUCUCAUCUGGAAGCCUCCUUUCUACUUACUACAUCUGUUCUUGUUUGAACGGUAUUUGAAGUAUCCUAUCAUGAACUUCUCCUACAAGACUAGUCUCUGGUCUUUGGUUGGAUGGAUCUACGCAGCCACGGAGUCGGAGAUGCCUUCUGCGGUGGCACUUCAUGCAAUGGAUUCCGCUGAAGGUGUUUACCACAGAUUGGCCUGAGCUCUGCAACACGGUUGAUGAGUUCGAUAGAAUAUGGCCGUUGCAUCAGCCUUGUUAUUUUCGGAUUGCAUCCCAAUCUCGUCCUAUAUCGCUCGUUGAUCAUGUCUGGCAAGCGCAUCUUGCACGCUCUCGAGGGGAAGCCACGGAAUUUCCAGGUUUUAGAUGCGGGCUGCCGCGCUGGAGAACGUUGUUGAAAGCGACCUGAUCUAAUACGACUGUCAUACUAUAUGGCACAGAAUCUCGUACAACAAACUCACCAAUCUUUCUGUUCAACCUUUUAGUUCUGUGGGCGAGGUCAUUCCGAAUUGCCAGGUGACAUUUUGCUUCGGAAAAGGCGUUUCGAAUGACAUUGGCGAUUCCAAGAAUCGUCCCAUACUAUGGUCUGUACAUCGAGCUUCGUUCAUGUAGGACAAUAUUAUGCACCCCACUUGAUGUAGCAAAUUCUACACGCUUCAAUCUAGCAGAACGAAUACGGCAUUCCCCUGAUUUGUUGCCAAGUUGAUUGCCACCAUAUAACCUGUGACCAGUCCAUAGAGGGCGGGGUGCAGAAUGGAUUUCCCCAAUAACCUCGCUGAUUAUCUAUACGGAUAUGAAUUGCUCCGGGACCUAGGUUUUCGGGUUCAAGGGCUUCUUUUAUCAACAUGCGGUCCCCCGUUCAUUUCUACUUCUUUUCAUUCUCACACUCGUUAACCCAUUGCUCAUGCAGUCUGGGCAUGCAAACCCGCCACGGAAAAGUCAUUCUCAUGCUGCUUCCCGAAUAGCAGAAAUAUCUAGAUCACGUGAUCUGUCAUCAUCCACCGUGGACCUGUCUCGACCCCCAUGUCCUCCUCUGUACCAACAAUCGAGUAGCAUAUUUGGAGGCAAACAACGACGGGAUGGAGAUAUGCUCACAAGGGAUCUACCACCACCGUCGAAAACUAUGCCUUCACCUUAAUCUAUUCAGAGUCACUUUUGAAUCACGGCAAAAGGCGGGCUGCGCCCCAUAACAAUCACUGCUUAUUGAGACCAAUAUGCGGCGACGAGGUGUUCCAAUGCAUGAAAUAUCUGCUGUUUAUUUUUAUACUGGGAAUCCCCAGUUAUUUAACCUAUUAAUUGAUGAAAUCAACGUCACUGAAACCGUAGUGAUGGCCUUGAAGGGUUAUUUCAACAUGUACUGGCUUUAAUAUCCAAAAUAUCUGCCCGAUUCGCCCUCAACUCCAGGAUUUCAUCCAAGAAUCUCAAGUUGUCUAAGAGUUCGAAUCAACUUGUUGAGUUGCCUUCGCCUUUUAGAGCGUAUAGCGAUAUUGGUGGCUUGCUUGAACCUUCUACAUUUCCCAAAAUCAGGCACGAUGAACUGGGCUGAUAUACUUUCAUUCCUAUCAUUUAUCUGGGCGGUUCCAAAUUUGUCCCCCAGUGGAUCCUACAACCGUUCUGGGACGAACACAGCGCGAUUCAGGGUUGAGUCACUCCCAGGGAAUCCCAUUAUUCCUUCUAGCUAUUCUGGAUUAAUUCCAAUACCGGGAAGGGAAGAAGGGAGCGCCUUGUUCUUUUGGCUUUUUGAAGCUGAAAACUACGAAGACGAUGAAAAUCUCAUCAUUUUUUUCAAGGGCGGCCCUGGUUGCAGCUCCGUCAUCAGCGCCCUCUCCGAAAAUGGGCCUCUCGCGUUCGUCCACAAUGAUUCAAUACCAACUCCAAACCCUCACUCGUGGACGAAAUUGGGGAAUGUUUUAUAUAUCGAUCAGCCGGUCGGCACUGGAUUUUCCACAUCCAGCAGUCUGGAACCUAUUGCGACAAACGAAGAAGUCACGUCGAACCUUUAUACCUGGUUAACAGAGUUCUAUCGCGAAUUUCCUUAUCUGCUGGAAAAGAAGACACACCUAAUGGGAGAGUCGUACGCGGGGAUUUUCGUCCCCUAUUUCGCCUCCAAGAUCGUCGAACAUCAAGAUUCACUCCCAAUUAAUCUACAGUCAAUCUCUAUAGGGAAUGGGAUAAUCGGGAACAACGCUGUUAUGGCUGACGUUACAGUGGGGGCGUACCUGGAAAUGCAUGCGCACAGCCUUAAUAUCCCCCAAGAUAUCAUAGAUAGCUUUUCCUUAGCUGAUCAUAUCUGCAAAUUUGAUACUAUUUUGGACGAGGCAAACGAGCACCCACCAAUUGGCCCGAUAAGUGUUCCAGGAAACCCAGAGAACCUGAACUUUAGGCGUGACGAACCUUGCAGGGCGCCAUCGGACAGUGAUGCCGGGCCAAUGGCUGAAUGCAACAUAUACCCGACGGCACCUAGCGCCGUGAUGGAAUCAAUUUUGAAUUCAACUUGUCACGGGCCAUGUGCGACUUUCUCUACUGCGGCAGACUACUUUGAGACGCGUUCCAAUUUAACGCACGACUGCUUUAAUCUAUACAACAUCAAAUAUGAUUGCAACACCUUCAGCCCCCUGGAUGCCCUAACUGCCUAUUUAAACCGGGCAGACGUCCAAAAUUCCCUGCAUAUUCCGCAAUCUCACCCCAAGGAUAAGAGCACGAAGAGUGAGAACAAACCAUAUCCGUUUCAAGGAUGCAAUAGCGCGAUUAUCCGGUCUCUUCUGGGCCCGAUCAACCGCCCACCACCGCCGGCAUAUUCCAUCAUACCAGAACUGAUCUCGACACACAAUAUCUCUACGCACAUAUACCAUGGCAAGUUGGACAUGCUCGUCAACCACAUAGCUGCCGAGGUUGUCUUACAAAACAUGACCUGGAACGGACUUCAGGGUUUCCAGCGACGUCCCGGGACUCCUUUUGGUUUUCGCAACCGCAGCAGUGGUGCUGGAUCCAUAAAAUCGUCUCCAAAUGAUGGGACCAACACCUCUAGUGCAGGCAUAUGGGCUGCAGAGCGCGGUUUGACAUAUCAUCUUUUUAAUGAAGCGGGACAUGUUGUGCCAUCUGAUCAGCCGGAGGAGAUGUUUUGGUAUGUGAAGGAAGUUGUUCUAGGAGGAGGCGAGUGAGGGAGUUGGGCUAUGUAUGUUUUCUUCUUUUCUCCAUGUAAUACUCUCGAUUGUAUCAGAGGCUUGGUGGAAACGGCGCUGAGUUUUACACAAUACUACUUUUGCUAUUCUAGGGAACUUGUAGCUUCUAGUACCAAAAUAGUAGGAUUUUAGAUAGCUAUUUUCUGUUAAAGGCAAAGUCUGAAGUAAGAUAUGUAAAACGGUUGUUGAAAAUAAAUUUUGGGCGCUACCAGUCAAUGGUCUCAGGGCGCCUCUCCCUGAACUUACGGCAAAAACAAGGAAGGAAAGAAAACAGUAGAAUAAAUAAGACAACCAGGUAUCUUAGCCAUAUCUUUGCCCCUUCAUCUUCUCCAGUGUUCUCCCCAGGCGGUCUUCCCCAU